CUCGCUUCUCUUCUUGCUUUCUGACCUGAACAAUCCAAGACAGUCGCCCACGACGACAGCGACAGCUGGCAACGAAAACCACAGCAUACACCCAGCGUUCUUCAAGGCCCCGUCAUGUGGGAGCCGCUACCGCUCAUCGUCUACGGAUAUGCCGUCCACCCCCUUUCUCCCUCUCGGAGAGAAACCAGGAUCUCCACAAGGAAUAGGCUAUCAACAGUCACAGAGGUCUCUGUCGAUGAUCAGCAAAAUAGAGAUGUCGUCAAUCUCGAAGUAGGAGAUGAAGUCUACGCAUUCGAGCGAUAUAUCCCUCCCAACGGUAGGGAGACCGAUGUUUGGUACAGAGGAUAUGUUGUCUGCCCAACGAAACGUCCGCCGGUAACCUGGGCGUCUGACCCCUCGUCAGUCAAGCCGCCCGUCAAAACAGAGGAACCUCAGCAAGUGUUUAUCGGAAUAUUCCCCGCAUCGCACAUCUACAUCCGUGACGAGCUGUCAGAUGCCGAAGGACGACUUCCCGAGCUGGCCAGGACGCUGAAUGGAAGCACGGGAAGCAGUCAGGGAGGGAAUUACGGCCGUGUCAGUCCCGCGGAAACCUAUUUUUACUGGAACAAGGAGAAAGGCAGCAUGGGAAUGGAUACCUUGCGCGAAGAAGACGAAGAAGACUAUUAUGCAGCCGCUCGAAAGUCCUUCAGGUUGGGCCCUCCGCCUGAACAGGCAAACUCGUCGCGCGCUGGACUUCCCGUCUAUUCCGCUAGUAUCCGCUCCGCCUCUCCUGCCGGUUCUCAAAUCGCGAAGCCUCUUCCUCCUCGACCAUCACUCAAAUCUGGGGACGACACCGCCUCUGGCACAGUCCAGCCCAUCAUUGACGAGAUCGCAUCUGCGUUGAGAGAAUGGCACAAUUUGAUGUUCCAGUACCUCGCCCGUCGCGAUUACCAACUCUUCCACAUUGUCAAGGACCAAAUCGAGGCACUGCAUCUUGGCCGCCGACAGUUACUCGCCAAUACCUUGAGCGCGGAGGAGACCGUUAGCAUGCGCCAGGAAUGCGUUACCAAACUCGUCGUCGGUAACCUCAUUCAAGGGCUGGAUGUCAUCGUUCGACACCCAACAUGGGGCGCAUUGGUCACUGUCGACGUAGAAGGAGAACCUGACCAGAACAGUUGGGUCAGUGCAAUUCGCAUGUACACCAUGCAAACAGCCUUGGCCUACCUCGAUGUCGCUAAAGAAGACCCCAAGCUGGGCGUGUUGCGUGCCAGCUUUGAUCACAGCAACCACAACCUUACGCCUACCCCUGCUCAUUCGGUAUUCGCAGAAGCAGCUCAAGUUCACCGAAAAACGCGGUCGCGCUCACUCCGCCUUACAGGAAUAACCGCGGUCGAAACCAGCAAGGCGGCCCCUGCUCAAUUCUAUCACCUCUUCUUCGAGCUACGAGCAUUUGUGGCAUCUCUGUGCUCACCCGGCGAAACAGUGGAGCUUUUCUUCUCUCUCUACGCCAAGGCUAGCUCGCAAUUCCUGACCGAAGAUUUUUGCGUAGUCCUCAACCAUAAUGGCGUUUUGGCGCGCGACCCGGCAAGUCGGAUUCGUACCCUUUUCACAGACCUCUCUUUCAGUGAAGUCCGGCCUCCAGUGUAUCUCGUCUGCCGCAUAGUUCGAAAUGGGUCCUUGAAGAUUGGGCAUGACAUCAGCUCCGGGGUGCCCUACGCACGCAGAGGCUCCGAAGGACACGUUCGGGGGGAUAGCUCAGCUUCUCCCAUUGUCGGAUCACCUCUCUGGACACCGGAUGUCGGCAGCCCUUCUUCUUACAGCCCUCGUAGCCCUGGCGCAACCGAUGGUCAAUUUAGGCGACCAUUCGGUUGCGCUGUUUUGGAGCUCACAGAACUCGCAAAAAUGGUACACGACCAAGCUGACGCUUCAGCCCUACGAGAAUAUACCAUGCCCAUCUUUGUCCCUACCAAUGAAAUAUCAUUUUCGACGCUCCACCAACACAUCAUCAACGGCAAUACCAAGGAGUUUGAAAGGUCGUCUCGUGCCGACUCGGUGGCCAUCUCGGUCAAGUCCUUCCGGGGCAAUUUGCAGGCAAUCGUCCGUGAAAACACUUCGACCCUGCAGGGCAUCCCCCGCACCCUGCAACUCGGGUUCCCAGACGCUGUGUUCCCCGGCGAAACGCGUAACGAGCUCUACAUCAAGCUCUGGUCAGGAGAGUUCUCUUCCUCAAGCUCAAGCUCAGGUCGUUUAAGUGUUUCGAGCUUCGGCCGUCAGUUAGGGUCCGUUGGCAAUACCAUGGAAAUUACAAUCGAACUUCGAGACAACGAUGGAACAACGAUCCCGAAUUCGAUAGCGCGGGGAAGUGGCGAAGAACCAAUGACAUAUUUCCACUCGAUGGUUUUCCAGAGGUUCAAUGAACCCACUUUUGGUGAACUCAUCAAACUCCAGCUCCCUUCCAAUGGAGUACCCCAAUGGCAUCUCUUCUUCACAAUUCGCAACCGAGGCCGCACCUCUUCCAAAGGAUCCCCCGACAACGGUGACAAACCUUAUGCAUUCGCCUUCCAACCCCUCUUCCCUGAAUCCGACACUUUCCUCGAAGAUGAUAGCCACGUCCUCAUCCUCUACCGUGCCGAUAAACUGCCUCAGAUCUCUGCGGCCACUUACCUCUCGGCACCAUCUCGCUUGGAGAAUGGGCAGAAGAUCGAGCACCUUGCCAUCCCUGCUGAUAUGUCCAGAUUCACACCGCCAAUGCGGGACACUAUCACUAUCCGCUCCUCCUUGUGCUCGACCAAGUUCACCCAUAAACCGGUGUUGUCGCGUCUCCUCAACUGGGAAAAGCAGGAACAAGAAGUCCUCGCCGGUAUCUUGACCGAAUUCACGUUCAUUGGCGAACGAGAGAUCGUCAAAUAUCUCGCAGAUAUCUUCAACUCGCUCUUCGGCAUACUGGUGUCCUCCGUUAACCAGUCCGGGGAACUCGACCUUCUCGUCUUCAAUGCACUCGUCACAGUUUUAUCCAUCGUUCAGGACCGCCGAUUCAAAAACUUCCAGCCCGUUCUCGACGUGUACAUUGAGAAGCACUUCAACUUUGCUUUAGCGGCUUCCCACAUUAUCCAUUCCAUGAACCGACUCUUGGCCAAUCCUGCUUCACCAGAGUCGGCGACACACCUCCGUGCGGCGUUGAAGGUGUGGCAUUACAUUUUCAAGUUUAUUGCGCGUUCGCGGGAAUUGCAAAAGGCCAAGGAAUUGGGAAUGGGCGGUGGCGCGACAGCUGAACACUUGGAGAGCAAGUUCAAGCGAGAGCUGAAGUCACACCUUGCUGAAGUGACACGAAUGAUGUCUACCUCCUCGCCUCCUUCCAUCAUCGGUACUCAAACUAUCGCGUUACAGCACUUCACCUCCAUCCUGCCUGAACUCGCUAAAAUCUUCAACACGGUUGAGCUCGUCUCCAUCGCGACCACCUUCGCCAACUCUGUCACGGCUGUCAAGGGUAAGAUCGUCAUAUGGAAGCUGAUCAUGUAUCUUCAAAUCGUGAAGAGCUUCCUUUUCGAUAAUCCGACCUCCCGACCUCUGUUGGCAGCAGCCGUUGUUAGUUGGAUUCAACCGCAUUUCGGACGAUAUGACGAGUAUGCCCACACUCAUAUCUCCGACUCUGAAGCGACGAAGGAUGCAGCACGCGUCAGUUGGUUGGAGAGUAUCCGGCUAUGUGUGACAAUUAUCGCUGUCAUGCUUGACAAGCUUGACCAGCAAUUGGUCAAUCCUGCAGUCAAGAAUGACCUGAACGCGAUAAGACAGGAACAGGAGAAUAUCGAGUAUCUCAUCCCGCUUAUCCCAAGGUUGUUGGAUUCGUAUCGAGAGAUUCAAAGUCCCGCCUCCAAACAUGUACUGGACCGCGUCCAGUCGCCAUCUACCGCCAAGGCUGCAAUCCCGGUCACCUUCCCAGAGUCCUAUCCGUUCUCGCUUCUUUCAUCGUGGCCGAAGGAAAGGCAGACGGGUCCGACGAUCAAGGAAGACGACGGAACGUUCUACCCAUCACUGGGUGAAACGGCCAUCGUCUUCUUGACCCUUGUCUUGUCCGCUCCCACCGCUCAUAUCCUCUCGUUCUUCGAGUCAAGCUUUGACAUCGAAGGUCGUGAACGCUUCGUCAACCUCGUCUCGACGUUUUUCAAAGUCGCGACCUCCAUCUUGGAUAAUGAGGCCUUCCCCAAGACGUGGCUCAAUGUCAACGUCCUCGCCCACAAGGUCCUGGUCAAGAUGAUGGAUCCUGUUGCUACAAUGUUGGUCAGGGAAUUUGUUCCCAGCCAGGAUUCCGAGAUCGAGUUCGACGUUACUCUCUGGAAGGACGGGUUCUUUAUGUUGCUCAAACUGCUCUCUUCAGAACAUCUGGUGAUCGAAGAGUUUAGCCCGCAGAAACGCCGUGCCAUUUGGCGGUUGGCGGGGGAUCUUCGCGGAGAAGGCGCUUCCAUCUUGUUGAGCAUCUGGCAAGCACUAGGCUGGUCGGAGCAAAACUCGACGACUGGGGAAGCUCUGCGAUAUGGGGGCUAUCAAAUUCACCUCCACCCUUUGGUCGGCCACGUCGUCAACCUGUGCCUCAGUCAUCACGAUCAACUGCGAAACAACGCUGUGCAGAUCCUCUUCAGUAUGGUCGUCACACAGUUUUAUCAGCAUGGCCACUUUGACGCCAUUGAACAUGAGCUUGUGAUCAAGCUUGACUCCCUUUUCAUGUCUGAUAGCAAGGGUGACGACAUAUCAAGGGCAUUUUUCGUUGGUCAGCUCAGGUAUCUCUUUGAUACUUCUGAAGUGCAUGACGAGCUCCGUGAACGCGUGGGCCACUUUUUGGACUCGGUGGAUAUGUUCCUGGAGCUGUUGCUGAGCGUUCGCGCGUUGCCAGAGGGAGAAGAAUACGCUGAUGACCGAGUCAUUGCCACGCUCCGACUCAUGAACUUUAUCCGCCGCAUCGGUCGGGACGAGAUCUACAUCAAAUACGUCCACCAACUCGUGAACAUGCAUCUACAAGCACAAAACUAUGUUGAGGCGGCGUUGACUCUCAAGCUGCAUUCGGACCUGUAUGAGUGGGAUCUCAAUUCAUUCUUACCACCCAUGGAAGAUCUUGGUCUGCCACAACAAUCGCACUUCCAUCGCAAGGAGACGCUCUGCUUACUUAUUCUGCACUAUCUCGGCAAAGGAAAGGCUUGGGAGAAUGCAGUUGACAUUUGCAAAGAAUUGGCUCAUCAGCAUGCCGAAGUCACAUUCAACUAUACAAGGCUGUCCGAGAUUCUCAGACACCAAGCUAAUCUCCUCGAAAACAUCAUGAGUGAACAGCGAUACUACCCUGACUACUAUCGUGUCACGUUCUAUGGCAAUUUCCCUCAAGCCAUCCAAAACAAACGCUUCAUCUACCGUGGAUAUGACUGGGAGAAGUUUGGCGCAUUCUGUGAACGAAUGCUCAACAAGCACCCAGGAGCGCAGCUAUACAAGGCAGCAGGCGAACCACCAGCCGAUAUACGCUUCGGCAGUGACCAAUAUAUACAAUGCACUGCAGUCACGCCAGAGCCUAAUCGCACGCUUUCUAUGUUUACCAAUCCUGAGGUGCCAUUGGCAGUCAGGACCUACUACGAGCAUUGUGGCAUCAACUUGUUUAGUUCAGUGCGUCAAGUUCGCCGAACGGACCAAGACGGGCAAGAGGAAAUCUGGAUAGAAAAGACCUACUAUACCACCGAAGAGGCCUUUCCAACUGUGCUUCGCCGGUCAGAGGUCGUCGACGUCAUGGUUGAGGAGAUCUCUCCCCUCGACAAUGCAUUACAAGAGGUGACAACCAAGACCCGGGAGCUCCAGACUCUUCAGGUCAAGUACCAAUCCCUCGCUAAAACGACCCAAACGGUUUCAACCAGCGCCCUCGCAAUGUCCCUCAACAGUGCAGUUGAUGCGCCGCUUAAUGCUGGUAUCAAUAUCUAUCGCCAAGUCUUCUUCCAUCCAGACUAUAUUGUGCGACACCCCGAGCGCGCUGAAGGCGUUGAGAAGUUACGCGCUGCCAUCGACGAACAAGUCCGCGUUAUCGACAGUUGUCUCAAGCUUCACGGACACCUUUGCACGCCCGAGUUUAUCCCCUUCCACGAAGCACUUCAGAAGUUCUUUAGGAAGAACUUCCGAGAAGAGAUUAGGAGACUGGCAGUUGACGAUGAUACCCUGUUGUCUUCCCGAACCCCGGAUACCCAGUACCCUCCUUCGACGUAUGAGAGUUCUGUCGCUCGAAGUCAGUCGUCUUCUGGUACAGCUCGCAACCCCUUCGUUAUCCCCCCUCUCAAUUUGGGCCGGCCUGUUCUCACCCCGCCACUGCCUUCUCCCACAAGUACAACGCAGCAAACAUUCCACAGUCACCAGACUCCAUUGCAACGCCACCUGGCUCACCUGACUAAACACGGUAUUACAGCGGUCUCUUCAGCACCAGGUGACGCUGCGACCAGCGACAGUAUCGACUCGAUCGAAUCACCGCACAACUCGUUCGUCAACGUCGGGAACAGUGUCCAACCACAACAUUCAGCACAAGCUUCUGGUACUUCGAUCAUGAGCGGUACUUCGUUUGGUUCUUUGAGGGGUCGAUUUUCACGGUUUGGGAGUCUAAACUUUGGUAGACGAAACCAAAAUGGGGCUUGA